AUGACCUCGCAGCUAAAGCCGCUUGAUGAGUGUCUUCGACAAUUACGAGGAUUAAACGAGCACUUGUCAACGAUUCAGGGUGAGAUACAAGAUCUAUUAGCCCAAGUGGAAGCGCAUGCGCAAGAAAAAAACUUUUGCGUUCCGCGUCGCAGAAGUUCGUUCGACGAACGCGAGACAAGUAUUCCGCCGAGUCGACGAAGGAGUCGCAAUUAUGAUCGAUUGUCAUUUCACAGUGGAGCUGCCCAAGGGGAGUGUCCUUUUCCAGUAAUUGUCGAUCAAGCCGUGGAGAGGGCUUUAACCCAGCACAAAAUUGCCCCUGAGGAAUUUACUUGCGACAGAAUCCACGAGGGCAGCAAAGAUUCCUUGCCAGGCACAUCAUCCGGUUUUAGUCUGAGUGGAUAUUACCGCACCAUGCGUCGAUCAAGACAGCGCAAAGAGUCAACGAGUAGCGGGUUGUCAAGCUCAAAUCCAAAGCUUCCCAAGCAUCCCAGUUCUAUAUCGGCCAAAAGUUCAUCAUGUUCCUCAGAACCACGGUUUCAGUUGGACGACACACGAAUUGGACCCAAACCCAGUAGUCUUCGAAAUGCAGAGGGUGAUUCGCGCAAAGAUCAUCCAACAGGCAGCAUUCUAAAAGAAUCAUUGGUGGAUCCCAUCAAAGACGACAUUGAAGCCCAACGAAUCGCACGAGAUACCGAUGUCAAACCAAACGCACAGGAUAUUUUGUCGUCAACCGCAAAAUACAUCACACACGAUUUGUCCCUCCUUACAAACUCAGGACGCCUAUGGAGGUGGUAUAUCAGAUAUUUUGCCGCUCCUAAAUAUAAUGAGUUCAAAGCACCGUACUCGUCAGCGGAUUUUAAUGCAAUGAUAAUCCAAGUCCCAACUAUGAAUCCAGCCUUCUUUAUACACCCACGAUCCCAGUUUCGGGCAGUGUGGGGAGUGCUCAUGUCAAUUAUAUAUCUGGCUGCGAUGAUUGCCGUACCCAUCUUUGUCUCCUUUCCAAAAUCACAGCAUAUAGCGGGGGCAUCUUCUCUCGUAUACACCAUACUGUGUUCUCUCGAUAUCGUGGUUCAUAUAUUUUCUCUUCACACUGAAGACGGCCAACUACUCUCUGCCCGCGAAUCCUUGUUGCGCUACGCUCGCACCCAAUUCCCUUUGGAUAUCCUCACUGCAUUGCCCUGGUACCUCGUUCUUCAAAACGACCCGAGCGCAUCCUACUAUGGCUUGAUUCGUCUUCUUCGACUCUAUCACCUCGGUUACAUUUUGCUCACCAACCCCCUUUAUACCGGGUUGAGUCGAUGGAUCCAGACCGCCUUGGGUGUUGGAGAGAGCUUUGUUGCACUCAUUCUGUUUUUAGGGUUGCUUGGCAUUGUCGUACAUCUCUACGCAUGUGCCCUGUUUUUGAUGGGUGCGGCUACAAAUUAUGUUAGCUUUGGGGAUACGUCUGUCUUUUCGAAAUCGGUUAUAGAGCAGUACGCUUGGGCAUUUUACACUGCAGUAGCAACAGUAGGUGGACUACAGACGAGUUACAACCCUGUUGCACUUCUUGAGCGUACCGUAACCAUCAUGACUAUUUUCACGGGUGCUGCUCUGUACGGUACGGUCAUUGGUCACGUCUCAUCCGUAAGCUCUGGUCUCGACUCUUCGGGCAGGAUGUUUAAGCAGAAAAUAGAAGAAGUAAAUGAGUACAUGACCUAUCGAAAUCUGAGCAGAUCACUCCAAACAAAAGUGCGGCAUUUCUUCCAGCUCAAGUAUCGAGGAAAAUAUUUUGAUGAGAUUGGAAUCUUGGAGGAAUUGAGCGACAGUUUGAGACAGGAAGUUACAAUCCACAAUUGCAGUGACCUCAUCGCCAAAGUGGACUUUCUUUCCCGUAAGGUCGGUGACGGACGCGAUGAUAACUUUCUUGGCCGCAUUGCCGAUGCUCUCAAUGCGAGAUAUUAUGUGAAAGGCGACACUAUAUUCGAACAAGGACGGCCGGGUAAUGAAAUGUAUUUCAUUCUCUCGGGGUGCGUAGAGAUUAUCGUUGCAUCCCAGCGGAUCGGCGUCCUUUCAGACGGGGCUUUUUUCGGUGAAGUUGCUUUGCUUGGUCAAGUUCCUCGUACGGCUACCAUCAAAGCAUUUACGGAUACCGUCGCAUACCGUUUGCAUCGCACGGAUUUUGAGGACAUUGUGACAGAUUUUCCGGACAUGGCGCUUAAAAUCCGGACUGUUUACGAGGAAAGGAUGGCGAAAGUCAGGAAAGAGAGAGAAAUGCUCUAUACUGGCAAAAACGGCGAAACAGGUCCCGUGAGCACAGAGAAAGAACAUGCUAUAAUGCAAUCUUCGGAGCUAGAGCAGCAGGAAAUCGGAUAG